UGUUUGAGGUUUUGCUGGUAAUACAGGUCUCCAUGUAUAAGCAUACGAUUAUUUGCUUUUUAAAUCAGGUAAGUCAUUCUUUCACACACAUCUGUUUUCCACACAGCUUUUAUAACCACCAAACAGGAAGUGCAAUCAUGGAAUCAGGAAGUGUGAUCAGCUGUCAGUGACUGUGUUUAUCAGUAAAAAUGGCAGAAGCAAAUAUUUCAGGAUUUCAGGAUCAGUUCAGCUGUCAAAUCUGCCUGGAUCUACUAAAGGAUCCAGUAGCUCUUCUCUGUGGACACAGUUUCUGUAUGAAGUGUAUUAAUGCCUGCUGGGAUCAGGAGGAUCAGAAGGGAGUCUACAGCUGUCCUCAGUGUAAAGAAACCUUCACUUCAAGACCUGCUGUGAGUAAAAACACCAUGCUGGCUGAAGUAGUGGAGACUCUGAAGAAGACAGGACUACAAUCUACACCUCCUGCUCAGUGUUUAGCUGGACCUGAAGAUGUAGAGUGUGAUUCCUGCACUGAAAGAAAAAACAAAGCCAUCAAGUCCUGUCUGGUGUGUCUGGCCUCUUUCUGUGAGACUCACCUCCAGCCUCACUAUAAAUCUCCUGCCUUUAAGAAGUACAAGCUGGUGGAAGCCUCCAGACGACUCCAGGAGCAGAUCUGCUCUCAGCAUGACAAACUGCUGGAGGUUUACUGUCGCACUGACCAGAAGUGUAUUUGCAUGUUGUGUAUGUUAGAUGAGCAUAAAGGACAUGAUACAGUAUCAGCUGCAGCAGGACGAGCUGAGAAACAGAAGCAGUUGUUGGAGAUGCAGGAAAAAUCUAAGCAGGCUAUCCAGGACAGAGAGAAGGAGCUUCAGAAGUUGAGGAAGGCUAUGGAGACUCACAAGCAUUCUGCAGAAACAGCUAUGCAGGAAAGUGUAAAAAUGUAUAAUGGGCUGAUCAAAGCAAUUGAAAAAAGACAACUUGAGGUGACACAGCUGAUCAAAGAUCAAGAGAAAGCAGCUGUGAGUCGAGUUGAAGACAUCAUUAAGCAAUUGCAACAUGAGAUUGGAGAGCUGAAGAAGAGAGAUUCUGUGCUGGUGGAGCUUUCACACACGGGGGAUCCCAUCCAGUUCCUCCAGAGUUUUCAGUCUGUUCCAGCUGCUCCUUCAUAUGCAGAUUCCCCCACCAUCAAAUACAGCUCUUCUUUAACUUUUGAGAAACUACUAAAGUCUGUGUCUCAACUUAAUGAGAAAAUAGAAACAUUUUUCAAUCAUGAGUUCAAGAAGAUAUCAACUGGAGUUCAAACCAGCGGAGAUGCAGAGGAAUCUGAGUGUAUAAUUUUCUUGGAGAAAAAGCCAACAUUGGAAGAGGAGAGAAAGGCCAAGAGCCUGCAGCUGCCAAUUAACUUCUUCUGUAGUACUAAUAGUGAUUUAGACACUGAGCCUGGCAGACCAGAAGACUUUGAAACAGAGCUACAAAAUGUCCAGCAAGUUCUGAGUAAAGUAAACAGGCAAGAAGUAACAAGCAAGAGCUGCUCUUUACAUCCUGCUACAGCUGAUAAUGACUGUCCUAUUGACCUCCUUUUAAAGAUCCAUGAAGCUGAAACACCAACUAAGACAAAUACUACUCAAGAUGACCCUUUUGCUUUCGUAUUUGAUUCUCGAGGUAUGUCAACCUUUGAAGACUUGGCAAAGAAGUCUGGGGAAUUUUGCUUUGGAAAAAAAGUCAAAAACUUCUCCUGGCCCAAUGCUGGGGCAGCAGUCUUUAGCACCAAUUCAAGAGCUUCCCUAAAGGAGAAUGAAGAUGGGGAGUUCUGCAAAGAUGAGGUCAAAAUCAAGUCCGGUGAAGAAGACGAAGAGAUUCUUUUCAAGCAGAGGGCAAAACUGUUUAGAUGGGACUGUGACAUGUGCCAGUGGAAAGAGCGUGGAAUGGGUGAUUUGAAGAUCCUCUUCCACCCAGUGAAAAAGUUCUUUCGUGUCAUAAUGAGACGUUACAGUGUCUUAAUUGUGUGUACCAACCACCUCAUCACCAAGCACAUCAAGCUGACACCCAUGAACAAUCCUGUGACUGCACUGGCCUGGACAGCUAACGACUAUGCAGAUGGUGACCUCAAGGUGGAGCAGCUUGCUGUCAGGUUUAAGACACCAGAACUCACUGAGUCCUUUACAAAGACCUUUACGGAUUGUCAGAAGUACAACACUCAAGUAGACUCAGCCCUGUCUAAAGUCAUGAACUUUUCUAAAGCAAGCAAUCCAGUGGUUUUUUUCACUAUAGCUGCUGCCCAUGAGCCAAUUGGCAUGUUCACGAUAGAGCUUUUUGUCAACAUUGUACCUAAAACUGCAGAAAACUUCAGAGCCCUGUGCACUGGAGAGAAAGGCUUUGGUUUCAGGAAUUCCAUUUUUCACAGGAUCAUACCUAAAUUCAUGUGUCAGGGUGGUGAUAUAACUAACUAUGAUGGCUCAGGUGGAAAGAGUAUCUACGGGGACCAGUUUGAGGACGAAAACUUUGAAGUGCGCCACACAGGACCAGGUAUAGUGUCCAUGGCCAAUCGUGGAAGAGAUACAAACAACUCUCAGUUUUUCAUCACAUUGAACAAAACUGAGCAUUUGGACUUCAAACAUGUGGCUUUUGGCACUGUCAAACAUGGCAUGGAUGUGGUGAAAGAAAUGGGAAACCUGGGCUCUAGGAAGGGCAAACCGAGCAAAAAGAUAACAGUUGUAGACUGUGGACAGCUGUAGUAUUUAUUUAUUUAUUUAUUUUUAUUUUUUUACAAUAAGUAAGUGUGUGUUUAUGCUCUGCUGUUUUCCUUAUUAUUAUUAUUAUUUUGUUUCCCACAGUGCCACUAAUAAACCUUCUUAAAACUGUGUAAAUUGCGGUCAGACAUGGACAUACAGAAAUAAUUACUGUACCUGUUCACUGAGGUGAUGUCAAGAAAAAUAGAUUUCUUUCCUAACCAAACAAGCUUGGAUAUACAAGCAUAAAGUGGUUGUUUUAUCAUAAUGUAACACAUGCAGUAAAGUAAAAAGUACAGAUAUUUGUUUAGGAUUUGUUUGUAGUAGAGCAACUGUAAACUGUAACCAGUAAUAAA